GGGUUUCUUUACCUUAUUUGCACUAUGUUUUUUCUUAUCAUUUUUAAGAAACGAGAAUGAAUUUAACGUAAUCGAAAUAUUUGUAACCUAUGUCUAUGACGUUCGACUAAUUUGUACACAAAUAGCGGAAAGUAAAAGAAAAAUGGAGUCGAUGGAUGAUGAUUUUGAUGAUUUGUAUGCUGAUGUUGAAGUCCAAGCUAGCUCAGCUGUUGGCGAACCAGAAGAGAAUAACCCUGGCAAUGGCUCCAAAAGCACCGAGGUGGAUAAUAAGUUCAUCGCCGGUUCAGUUACGGAAGAUAGUGACAGCGAGGAUGAUUUGAACAUUGUGUUGAAUGAUGAUGAUGAUUGCCAGAACUUUCCGGUCACCGGUGCUAGGAGUCACGGUGGUAGCUACGAGGAGAACGAAAAUGGUGAUUUUGGUGUAGAUGAAACCGGGUCAGAUAAUAUUUCAAGGCGAGUGGAACCGUUUAGUGAUGGGUCGGAGCUGAAAUUUAGAGGGGAUGGUGUAGAAAUAGGGAUUGGAGCUAAAAUUGAGGUUAAUUCUCUCUUCAAGUAUGUGAGACCUCAUGGAUCAUCAUUUCCAAGUAAUAUAAGGGUUAAUGGUCAUACUGGUGUGUUGUCAUUUUCUUAUAAGUCGAGAAGAGGUGACUGGGAAGACGAUGUUUACAACCAAAACAAGGUUGCUACCAUGAAAUCAUUGCCACAUCAAUUUGGACAUUGUUUUUCCCUUCCAUGGUACAGGACAAUAUUGGAUGUCAAUAUUGAUGCAUUUGAGGAGAAACCUUGGAGGCAUGCUUCUGCAGAUAUAACAGAUUUCUUUAAUUACGGAUUCAAUGAGGAUAGUUGGAAAGAAUACUGUAACUCCCUGGAGAAACUUGGGCAACAAACAUCGAGGCAGGCAAGGAUUCCUUCUCAUUAUUCUUCAAAACUUGACCAGGCUUAUGAAGCUGAGGCUGGUCAUGAGAUAAUAACUCGGGAAGCUAUAACAGAGGAUGUAGCUGAGGUUGAUUCGUCAUUGAAAUGUGCUGAUAGAGGGGCGAUGCUCUUGGAACUGCCAAAAGGAAGAGCAAUUAAGGUUGAAGACAGCAUUAAUGAACGCCAACCAUCCAUGGAUAUAAGGCGUCCACGUUUUCAAGAUUCUGGUGUUAUUAUAGAGGAUUCCACUGUGGAUUCAUCUGACUCUGCAAAUGAGGAAUUAGGUCAUGGUAGCAAGUCUAAAGUGUUAGAGUCUGGGAAGCUGGAUGCAAAGGAUGAUAGAAAUGUUUGCUUUUCUGUUAGUGCUAGCAGUGAGGAAUUGAAUGAAGAGCAUUAUGCAAGGGCUAGAAAUGUGUCCACAUCUUCUUUUGAGAGGUCUUUGCAGCCAGCAUCUAAUCAAACUUCACUAGAGACCAGUGAUCAUGGCAAGGCCUAUGUCUCUGAUAUGAAUGGGGGUUGCCAUCAAAAUAUGGAAGUUCACAUUUCAGAAGGAACUGCUGAAGCAAUGGCAACCAAAAAUAAGGAAAAUGAAGCAGCUUGCAGAAAUACUCACCAUUCACAUACUUACGUUAUUGAGACAGAACCAUCACUCGAAAAUCGAAGUCAUUUUAGCCCUACACUUUCCUUUUCUGGAAGCGAUCCUGAAGAUAGUGUUGAUGCUGCUUCCAUUGAAAUCCGAAGUCCGUUAAGAAGGAAAGAACCAGGUUAUGGCACUGGAUUACAGAAGUCACUUGAUCAUAAGAGUUCCAGAAGUGAUGGCCCCAAAAUGAAAUUAAAUGAUGGAGAAGGUUUUUCGGAACAUACAACUCCCAUGAAAGACAAGCAAAAGCAUGAGAGUUGGAGGCACCAACAUUCCUUGAAACAGAGGAUCGUGGUUGAAAGUGAUGAUGAGUAUGACCCUUAUCCAAUAUCAGAUGUAGAGGGUGAUUGGAAAAGAUACCGAAGAGAUGGAAAUCCCACUGAGGAAGAAUGGAAGCAUCACCGUGGUAGACCUCACGGUAUUAUUGACCAGAAGAUAUACCCUAAAACUGCUAUGAAGCUUCCCUUUUAUCAAAUGCGAGGGAACUCUAUUAUAAAGAUUACUCAUCUGUUUACUGUGGCAGGCAGAAGGAAAGAUUGGGAGAAAGAACCUUGUGUUAACCGCAGUAAAAGGUUUACUGACAGCCAUCUUUGGGCUCUCGGCAGAAAAGCUCAUCUGCGCUUUAAAAAAGAUUCAGAUCACUUUGGACAAAGACUUCCUGCUCAGAAGAGUUUGGUUCCUCACACUUGCAGAGAAUCUGGGAGUUUAGCCUCAAGGUAUUCCUCUGCUUCAACAGAAAGAGAUAUUCAAUGGAGAAGGGGAAGUGAAAGACUCCAACUUAGGAAGAAAACUGAUCAUGGUGAUUAUCCCUUAGAUUAUAAGCAUGAAGAUGAGUGGUUAAAACUAAAGUAUGACUCAUCUAUUUCAUUCACACGCUGUGAAAGGGGUUUGGUUAAAUCUUAUGAGAGAUGCAUACCACCCAUCAGGAGAGAAGUCAAAGUUUCUGGCAGAGAAGGUAGAUUUGUUGAUGCUGCCCUUUUCCAUUUGAAUAGAUCAGGGACCGUUGAAAGUGAAGUUGUGUGUCAGAGACAGGUAUAUAGCAGAUCUCUGGCAUUGGCAAUUGACAUAGAACUGUCAGCACAUAAUGGGAGAAGAUGGUUUAAUGCAGCAUCACCCAGAAAUGAGGCAUCUGAAUCUCUAAUUGAAAGAUGUCAUAGACAUCAGAGAAUAGAUAAUGAAGUUCAGUCAUGGGGAAGAGGUCGUAGUAAGCGAUCUAGAGUACUACACUGGAGAGAGGAUAAAUUACUUGUAAAUGAUAGAUUGUUUGCUCAAUGGGUGUCUUUUUCUUGUGAAAAAACUUCUAAGCAUGAUUCAAUUCAUGCUACGCUUGGGUCACUCCAAGAUGAGGUGUUUAAUAAUGAUUCAAUGCUAGAGCAUCAUGGAUAUGAAAUGAUAAGUGAAGGAAGUAAUGCCACCUGUUUUAAAAGAAAAUCUUUUAUUAGGUAUAGAGGUGAGAAUGAGCAGGUGGUCCUGAAGGACAGGGACUCUGUUGACUUGAUUGUUGUGGAAAGAAAGGUAAAGCUGGGGAAACCAAGGUCAAGGAAAUCUUGUAUCAUUUGUACUUACCUUCUGCAGUCUUUUAGAAGACACUCAGAUAGUAGAAACUUAGUGUGCAAAGCAAGGGUCGUAAAGAUGGGCUCAGAAUAUCCUACGGAGCGGAAAGCUGUUAUGGAAUUUCAUGACUCUUAUGGAAGCAAAACAGCUGAUAAAGACAACCGUAAUAAGAAUGGCCGAAGAAAUAACAAUGAGAAACAGUUUGGUAAGUUCUCAGUUACAGAGUGUAACAAAUAUUUGGAUAUUGAGGAGGGUCAGAUCAUACACGAAAAGCAAAGUGUUGAAGAUAUUAACCCGGAAAAGGAAAAUGCUUCAGAGACUAUGAUACAAAGGGGGAAGGCGAAGAUGAGAACAUUGCUCGUGGAUAGUGCUUUUGAUAAGAAUGGAGCUGUAGGUGAAUAUGAGAACAAACGGAUACUGGAGACACUAGCAAAGAUGGAGAAAGGAAGGGAACGGUUUAGGGAUCCAAUCACAAUAAAACGGGAACAGGACAAGACCUCUACUCCCCAAGUUGAAUUGGUUGUCCAGACUAAUGAAACAAAGCGACAGAGGCCUGCUAGAAAGAGGCAGUGGGGUGUAAGUUAGCCUUUCUAUAGUUUACUUCAUGCCAUCUUACUGAAAAUGAUAUGGUCUCCUCAGGUUUCAGGUGAAGCAGGAUUUUCAUUCUCCGUUCUGAAGAGGCAAGUAACGGCCGCCGUGGUACAUGCCUUUAAACAUCACAAUCAUCAUGUCUCUUCCGUAUACAAUAAAAUUGACUGCAAAAAUUACAGUGGGUAAAUUUUUUUUGUACUUGUUCCAGUUCUUCAUCUUGGCAAACUGCAUAUGAUUUUUUUAUGCUCAUGAUGAAAGUAUUAAUGUUUUCAAGGUUUAAGCUUAUUCAUUGCUGGCAAUGCUACAUUUAUGGCAUUUUUAUCCAGUCUAAAGGCUUUGGUUAA